UGACUUAAUCUGGUAAUGAGUUUAUUCCUCAGCGUCUUCUCCCUUCUCCCACGCAGGGUGAGCUGCUUGCCUUCAGUCUCUCAGCUAGAACAGCAUCUUCAAAGCCAAAGCUGGCUCACCCAGGGUCCCAUUGUCUGUCAUUUCCUCUUGGUUCAUCUGACUAGGGUAUUGUGGACGAAGCAGCUGACACAGGACGAUGAUGCCGACGAGGUGGAGAUCGCUAUUGACAACACAGCUUUCAUGGAUGAAUUCUUUUCUGAGAUCGAGGAGACUCGGCUCAACAUUGACAAGAUCUCAGAGCAUGUGGAGGAAGCAAAGAAGCUCUACAGUAUCAUUCUGUCUGCACCAAUUCCAGAGCCAAAAACCAAGGAUGACCUUGAGCAGCUCACAGCCGAGAUCAAGAAAAGGGCCAACAAUGUCCGGAACAAACUAAAGAGCAUGGAGAGGCAUAUUGAAGAAGAUGAAGUCCGCUCAUCAGCAGACCUUCGGAUUCGGAAAUCUCAGCACUCCGUCCUCUCUCGGAAGUUUGUGGAGGUGAUGACCAAGUACAACGAGGCUCAGGUGGACUUUCGUGAACGUAGCAAAGGGCGAAUCCAGCGGCAGCUUGAAAUUACUGGCAAAAAGACAACGGAUGAGGAGCUGGAGGAGAUGCUAGAGAGUGGCAACCCUGCCAUCUUCACUUCUGGGAUCAUCGACUCGCAGAUUUCCAAGCAAGCCCUCAGUGAGAUCGAGGGUCGGCAUAAGGACAUUGUAAGGCUGGAGAGCAGCAUUAAAGAACUUCAUGACAUGUUUAUGGACAUCGCCAUGCUGGUGGAGAACCAGGGAACCAUGAUUGACCGGAUUGAGAACAACAUGGACCAAUCAGUGGGCUUUGUGGAGCGGGCCGUGGCAGAUACCAAAAAGGCUGUCAAGUAUCAAAGUGAAGCUCGGAGGAAGAAGAUCAUGAUCAUGAUCUGCUGUGUUAUCCUUGUGAUCAUCUUGGCUUCCACCAUUGGGAGCAUAUUUUCCUGAAAAAGAUGGAUCUUCGUGGCAUUUCCAAUCCUUCUCCCACCUUUGUGGGGUCAUCACUUCUCCACUGCAGACUCCUCAUCAGCUACACCUCUUUCCAUUAGGCAACUUAUUAUGACACAAGGCAUCAAUCAACUACUUAUUACGUUAUGCAAAGGGAGAAUGUAUGCAAAUAUGGAAAUGGGAGGGGGAAGGAAUGAAGGAACAGAGGGCACAGCAAUAUGUAGUUGGUUAGGCAAAUGGUUUAAAGGAAGGGCCUGCAGGGUACAUCAAUAGGCAUAAUGGGUACCUACUUAGGAGAUGACGAUUGGAGCCCACACCAACAGGAUGGCUGUGGAGAGGCAGUUCCUACAGCACACCCAGUUCAACAGGGUCUUCUGUGAACUGCUGUGAACUAAGAUCAGCACACCUGUUACUUCUGCUUUUAAGGCUCUUCUAGGUCUCACCCUUGACCAACUAUAUAUCUUCUUCCUUCUUCAGGGUCCAACAGUAGUCUUCAAAUUGGGAGGUACCAGGCCUUGUCUUGCUCACUUUUCUGUCCCCAGUGCUUAGCACAGUGCCUGCCACUCACAGGUGCUCAAAUAUCUGCUGACUCAGCGAUCUGUUAUUAAGUUGUGAUUCCACUCAUGGAUGAAUGCUUGGGAUUGACUCUUUAAAGGCAUCAACGGGAACCUUUUAAAAAUUUUUUUACUUAUUUUUUUUAUUGUCAGAAGCUGUGAAAGCUGACAGCCACUGGGCUGAUACACUUAACAGCCCCCCCCCAUUUUUUUUUUGUGGGUGGUGAUGGUGGAGUCCUAUUAGUAGCCUCUUUCUGUAAAGAAGAUGGUUGGACCCCCAACAAAAGAAACAUGUUUAUAUCAAGACUGAACCUCCAACAGUCAACAUACCAUGCUCUGUGGUCCACACAAACAGGUGAAGUGUGAGGUAAGAAAGGAGGAGUAAGUGGUCGCUUGCUUUACUUCUUCGUGGUAUGUAUUGCAGGCUGAAACUGUUGGUUGGAAUGCACCAGCACAGAAGUGGUCCGGAGGCUGUGUCCAACUCAAGGUUGUUCUGUUCCCUUUUAAAAACUAUGUAUAUGUGAGUUCCAAUAUGAAUGAUUUACUUAGUGAUUACACUGCAAAAGGAUCACUAAAAAUACAUUAAAAAUUCAUAGUACAUGACUUGUUGAGGACCACCCAACUGUGCAGAUGUGUACUUCUGAAAGUCGGUGAUAAAUUCUUAUUUUCUUUUCUGGAGAUGUAAUUUUUUUAAGAAAAUGGGAUAAAAAUGACAUUUUUAUGUGUGCUUUCUAUUAAUUUUCAAAAGCAAAUGGUUUAACAUUUCUUGUAAUUUGUGUUUCCUUUAGUUUGAAUAGGGGCUAUAACUGGCUAGCUCUGAAAUAUGGGUUAAUCUUGUUAUAAACAGGGUGCUGGAACCAUGGGAAUUUGAAUCACAUGGGGUCCUCAUUCAUCCAGCAGUGGUAAUUUGUGUGCCAGAUGGCAUACGGCACUGUGCUAAUCCUGCAGAGACACAAAGAGCCUAAUACUCCCCUCCUUGGAGACCUCCAGACUAGGAGGCACCAUGUAAUUUCAACUUUUAAGUUCCUUUGCUAAAAGCUAUGUUCCUUGUCAUAUUGUCCAACAUCCCCUCUUUCCAGAUUCAAAGAAGAUGGGUAGAUGGCACCAAUAAAUAUCUCUUGAAUCCAUUAA